UAUAUAGUGCACUACGUAGGGCACAAAUACCAGUGCUUUCCUAGACUAAUCUAGUGCACAUAUACAGGAAGUAGUGAGGUAUUUAGAAUUCAGCCUCACCGUUAAACAGAAAGCUUGCUAGUUUUAUUUCGUGGUGAACAGAGAUUAGCUUAAAAAGUAGAGCUGAACACAGACAGGCUGUUGUCAUGGAAGCUGCGGAUGUUCUGAAGAAGAUUCAAUUGCCCUUGUUUUGGUUAGGGGCAGUUACUUUGACCUGGGUGUCCGUGUGCACUCUGUUUAGACUCCUUACCGGCCUUCGAGUGUGGUUCCUGGGCAAUGGGGACCUAAUAAAAGCCCCCAAACUCGGGAAAUGGGCAGUCGUAACCGGGGCCACCGAUGGAAUCGGAAAAGCCUACGCGGAGGAGCUUGCACGCCGAGGCUUUGCCAUCGUCCUCAUCAGCCGGACUCAGGAGAAGCUGGAUGAAGUGUCAAAAUCCAUUGAGAGCAUGUACAACGUUGAGACUAGAACCAUCUCUGCAGACUUCGGAUCAGUGGAUAUCUAUUCCAAGAUUGAAUCUGGACUAGCUGGACUUGAGAUUGGGAUCUUGGUUAACAACGUCGGAGUAUCCUACCCUUACCCCGAGUUUUUUCUCAACGUACCAAAUCUGGAUAAGUUCAUCAACAACAUGAUCAACAUCAACAUGACCUCAGUCUGCCAGAUGACUCGGCUCGUGCUGCCCAGGAUGGUUGACAGGUCUAAAGGAGUCAUCCUGAACAUUGCGUCUGCGAGCGGCAUGUACCCCGUACCUCUCCUCACUCUCUACUCAUCUUCUAAGGCUUUUGUGGAUUUCUUCUCUCGUGGACUGGAUGCUGAGUACAGAAGCAAGGGCGUCAUCAUCCAGAGCGUCUUGCCCUUCUUUGUGACAACCAAGCUGAGUAAGAUCAAGCGAGCGUCUCUGGACAUUCCCACUCCGGAGCGCUACGUCUCGUCGCAGCUGAGCACCGUGGGCCUUCAGAGCCAAACAAACGGCUACCUCCCUCAUGCCAUCAUGGGUUGGGUGACCACUUCUCUACUUCCUGCACGACUGCUCAGCAGGCACAUCAUGAACAUGGGUCUGUCUCAGCGUGCACGUUACCUCAAGAAGCAGAAGCAGGGCUAAGAAGAUCUCAGCAGUAAACGAGGCAGGAUUGGCUUCAGACUUCAGACAGGAGAAGAUGGUGGACCAAAACAAAAAUUCCAUAAAAAGUCUUUUCAUUUCACUCUGGAGAUUGAGGUUGAUUCCUGCUUCACUGCUUCAUUGCAACUAAUAGGAUUGUUUCUUUUGCUAGUUUGAGUCUUUCAGAUUUUUGCAUUUGUUUUAGUUCUAAUGACGAGACACAAGCACUUCAGUGGCAUCGCUAACAAAAAAUAAAUCUGCUGCAUUCGUUAAGAAGCAUUUCUACAUGGCUUUGCUAAUUGCACAGGAUUACAGGUGUUCGUACCUGUAACAUUAACUCUUCAGCACUCAUUUCCACGAACACAUUCAGAAAAUCAAACAGGUUUAAUCUGGUAUUAAUUGAGGGUAAGUUAGAGGGUAAAUUUUUAAUGCUUUCUUCUGUGAGAAGGUUCGUAAUUCCAUUUCAAACAUUGACAAUCCUGGGAAUAGCUGAGCAGAUCAGCUUUGGCUGCUUAAGCUCAUUUCUGGGCCGGAAAAAUGUAAACCAGAGACAAACAAAGAAAUGACCCAGUUUCAUAUGGGAACCUUUUUGAUUUUUUUUUUUUCUCAAAUGUGGAUUUGAAAAUGUAUGAUUUUUUUUUUGUGCCUAGAAAAUGAAUAAAUUGAAAAAAAAAAUGGGAUACGAAAAGUAUGGCAAAGUUCCCUACUGCACCUUUAAGUAUUGAUGACACACGAGUUAGGUGAUGGGUGUAUUCUGUAUUCUGCAGGUGCAGUUGGCGUCUGCAUUUGUACAGUAUAUCAAUCAGGGGAUUUAAAAAAAAAAAAAAAGUUUUACUGUAGCACUUACAUUUCCACCUCUUUUUUUUUCUUUUUUGGAUUUUUUUUUUUUUGAUGACUGAUUUUUUUGUUUUGAUGCAUUUAAUUAUGUUAAUUAAUCAUUUCCCUCAGAUUGUCGGUACCACAUGAGUGUUUCUGUAAGACAUUUUUGUUUACACAGAUUGUAUUUUCAUUACACUAAAUUGAUGUCAUUACAUUUUUAAUCGUUACUUAAGUGUUACUUAUGCAGUGUGAUGUAGAUGCAGGUGAACUAAGAGCAUAGUUUUUUUUCCAUUUCCACUUUUCUCAAACGGAUUUAUGAUGUAUUGAUGACCUUGGUUAAGGUCUGAGUUCAGAGUGUAAAUGAAAUGGAUUUGGCUUUAGUUCAGGACACUGAGAACAGAACAUGAUGCUGAUGCCAAACUUGCAGAUAUAAACUGGAUUGCUUUGUUGCUUGA